UUGUGUGCAUACUUAAAUAAAUUUGUCUCUCUCUCUCUCUCUCCAAAAGGAGCAAGUCGACCAAAAUGAGGAAGGCGAAGCCAAUGGAAGGCGAUGAGAACCAAUAUAAGAAAGGUUUAUGGACGGUAGAAGAAGACAAGAUACUCAUGGAUUAUGUAAAACUGCAUGGAAAAGGGCAGUGGAAUCGUAUUGCCAAAAAAACAGGUUUGAAGAGAUGUGGGAAGAGUUGCAGGCUAAGGUGGAUGAACUACCUGAGCCCAAAUGUGAAACGAGGCAAAUUUACUGAGGAAGAAGAAGAUCUUAUCAUUAGACUCCAUAAGCUCCUCGGAAACAGGUGGUCCUUGAUUGCCAAAAGAGUGCCAGGAAGAACUGACAAUCAAGUGAAAAAUUAUUGGAAUACUCAUUUGAGGAAAAAGCUUGGAUUCAAAGAGAAAAGAAACAGAAAUGGUGAUUCUAGCUUAGCAAAACCCCAGAAAGAAGAAGCAUCAAAAAGUUGCAGAGGAACAAGUUCUUGUACCAAUGCAAGUGCAGCCACCGAAAUUUCAGUGGAAAACGCCACCCAGAAAGGCCUGAGAAAUGUCUCAGAAAUACAAGAAUUCAUGAGUGAUGAAAGCUUUGUCAACUCUUUAUGGAAUGCUGCAGAUGAGUUAGAUUUUGUAGGUACCCUAACCAUGCUGGAGUUUAUGGAUGGUUGUUCUUUAAGUUGAUUUUUAAUCCAAUCUAUUAAUGAUUCAGAACA